GAGCGGCGUACUGCCAGUUCAUGGACAUGCUGUUUCCCGGAUGCGUCCUCCUGAAGAAGGUCAAGUUUCAGGCCAAGCUGGAGCACGAGUUCAUCCAUAAUUUCAAAGUCCUUCAGGCCGCCUUCAAGAGGAUGAGUGUGGACAAGAUCAUUCCCGUGGAGAAGCUGGUCAAAGGGAAGUUCCAGGACAACUUUGAGUUCGUUCAGUGGUUCAAAAAGUUCUUUGACGCCAACUAUGACGGGAAGGAGUAUGACCCGAUUCUGGCCAGGCAGGGGCAGGACGCAGUCCCGCCCCCCAACCCAGGUGAUCAUUUUUGCCACAGACCAAAGAGGCACGCAGGUAACAAAACCCGCUCUGGCCGUGCUGCACGCUCCGACCGAGCUUUGGAUGGCUCUGACCCAAUUCACUGCUCAGGCCCGGCUUGCUGCUCGGUGCUGUGCAGUGAGACACUGCAUGAAGACCCGAGUCCACCUUCGCUGUCCUGCUUCCCGCCGCUGACGCAGCCUCAUUUCUGCAGGGGGCGGGGCCAGGUGCAGCCUCCUUGGCUGAUUCAUUACCCAGCUGUGCAAGAUCCGGUCCAAACAUGACCCAGAACUAGAACUGGAAGAGAAGUCUGACCCUCAACUGCAACCUGAACCAAAACUGGAACAUGAACCUGAAUCAGCCCCUGUUUUGAUCUACAACCUUAAACUAAACUCAACUAGGUUCUGAAUCAGAACCUGAAACUAGUUCUGAAUCAGAACCAGGUUCAAGUUCUAAGCCAAGUUCUAAACUUCAACAGAAUCUGCUACAAUAAGAUUAGUUC